AUGGACGAUCACCUCAACAAUUUAAGUACCUUGUGUAGAGUGUGUGGCAACAAAGUGCAAGAAUUUAAGAAGAAAAAUCUGAAGAAGCCUCUUAAGAAAAGUUCAACAUAUGCAGCUAAGAUAAAAGUCAAGUUUAACAUUGAUGUCACCAGUGAUGAAGUUCAACGCCAUCCACCAUUUUUCUGCCAUCUUUGUUAUUCCAAUUUAUUUUUGCCAACCCCGAGAGAAGUACCCAACUACUGGCCCAUUCACCCAGAAAGUGGAGAAUGCAUAAUUUGCAAGAGAGCAGAAGCUAACACAAAGGCUGGUCGACCAACAAGCAAGCACACUAGAAUGGAGGAGCUUGAGAAGACAGAAGAGAAAAACAAAGAAGCAGUCCUUGCAAAGCUUGAAAGGUUGGCAGAAACGGCUACGAACUAUCCUAACAUCAACUUCAUCACCGACGACCCUUUGUUUGUCUGCAAGCUUUGUAAGAGAUUACUCUCUAGACCUGUUGAAACCCCUUGUGAUCACGUCUUCUGUUUAUCAUGUCUGCACAACUUGUUUAUUUCGACAUCAUCAUCCUGUAUAGUUUGCCACAUAUGCCAACGGAACUUCAGCCUGAAAGACAUCAAACUCCCUAAACAAUACUUCAUUGAUGUACUCCAAAAUCUGAGGGUUAAAUGUACACAGUGUAGGAGGGUUAGCUGGUUGCACUCCACAGAUGAACAUGACUGUACCAAUCCUGAUUCCUCUAUCCCAGUUGAUGAACAAAUCUUCAGAUUCUGGGCAGCCAUGUGUGUUCAGCAUGUCCCCACUGCCAACAAGCCCAGCACAGAAGUCAACAAGAGAACCAUUCAGCGGCGUACAAAAUACUUGAAGGAGCAGAUGUCCGAAAUCAGCGCAGGACCAUCUGAUGUUCAGCUGGGGCAUCUCAUCAGUACAGCCUCCAGGAAAUCUCUUCAACAACUUCUUGAAAAGCUGCAGAUGAAAACACGAAUACCCGCAUUAAAUGAGAUGGCACUCAAAGCAGACUUGGGGUUAUCUUGGGCUGGACUCAGACAGCUUAAAUUGUAA